AUGUCACGAUGGCUGGACUUGACUGAACUGGCUGUCUCAUGCUCUCCCAUGGGCAUGAGGGCAGAGUUUGUUCAGAGCCUGGCAAAGUCAGCCAGUUCAAGGCAAGGUGGCAGUGCAGCAGAGUGUGGCAGAGGAGUAGUUGGUGGCAUUGGCAGGCAGGAAGCAGAGCGAGAUAAAGGGAGUAGGAAGGUGACCCCCAGUGACCCUCCUCUUCUCCCAGGCUUCACCUCCACUACUUCACCCAGCUGUGACCUCGAAGCUCUACAAAGGAUUAUUUCAACUCUGGCAAAUAAAAACGAUGAAAUUCAGAACUUUGUUGAUACACUAAAUCAUACUUUAAAAGGAGUUCAGGAAAAUUCUUCUAACAUACUUUCAGAUUUAGAUGAAGAAUUUGAUAGCUUAUACUCUAUUUUGGAUGAAGUAAAAGAAAGUAUGGUUAACAGUAUCAAACAAGAACAAGCCCGUAAAUCACAAGAGUUACAGAAUCAGCUUAGCCAGUGUAAUAAUGCCCUGGAGAACUCUGAAGAGCUUCUAGAGUUUGCAACAAGGUCAUUAGAUAUAAAGGAACCUGAAGAAUUUUCAAAGGCUGCCAGACAGAUCAAGGAUAGAGUCACAAUGGCAUCAGCCUUUCGCCUUUCUUUGAGACCAAAGGUCAGUGACAACAUGACUCAUUUAAUGGUGGAUUUCUCUCAAGAAAGACAGAUGCUGCAAACUUUAAAGUUUUUGCCAGUUCCGAAAGCUCCUGAGAUAGAUCUAGUAGACUGUUUGGUGGCUGAUAACUCUGUAACAGUAGCUUGGAGGAUGCCCGAAGAAGAUAAUAAGAUUGACCACUACAUACUUGAAUAUAGGAAGACUAAUUUUGAUGGACUUCCACGUGUAAAGGAUGAGCGAUGUUGGGAGAUAAUUGAUAACAUUAAGGCUACUGAAUAUACUUUAUCAGGUUUAAAAUUUGAUUCCAAGUAUAUGAAUUUCCGAGUGCGAGCUUGUAACAAAGCUGUGGCUGGAGAAUGUUCUGACCCAGUGACGCUGGAGACCAAAGCACUUAACUUCAGUUUGGAUAACUCAUCAUCCCAUUUGAACCUGAAAGUUGAAGAUACCUGUGUAGAGUGGGAUCCUACUGGAGGCAAAGGUCAAGAAAGUAAAAUGAAAGGAAAAGAGAACAAGGGCAGUGUCCAUGUUACCUCACUGAAGAAACAUACAAGAAGUGGUACGCCAUCCCCUAAACGGACAUCUGUAGGCUCGAGGCCACCAGCUGUAAGAGGCAGCAGAGACCGCUUUACUGGGGAAUCAUACACAGUACUGGGAGACACUGCUAUUGAAAGUGGACAACAUUACUGGGAGGUGAAGGCCCAGAAAGAUUGUAAAUCCUACAGUGUAGGUGUGGCAUACAAGACUUUGGGGAAAUUUGACCAGCUAGGAAAGACAAACACUAGUUGGUGCAUCCAUGUCAACAACUGGCUACAAAACACAUUUGCAGCAAAACAUAACAAUAAAGUCAAGGCCUUGGAUGUUACUGUUCCUGAGAAAAUAGGUGUAUUUUGUGAUUUUGACGGGGGUCAACUUUCUUUCUAUGAUGCACACUCAAAACAGUUGCUGUAUUCCUUUAAGACAAAAUUUACUCAACCAGUACUACCUGGUUUCAUGGUGUGGUGUGGUGGACUUUCUUUGAGCACGGGGAUGCAGGUUCCAAGUGCAGUGAGAACACUUCAGAAAAGUGAAAAUGGAAUGACUGGUUCAACCAGUAGCCUGAACAAUGUUCCUCAGUAACACCUACUCAGGUCUACCCUCUCCCGACUGGGUGCAUUUUCUGUGCAGUUAUAAAUCACAAGUUUGUGAGUGGCGGAAAUCAAGUUUGCUGUGUUCUGCAUAAGACCUGGAUUCUCAGCUUAAGCAUCUAGUAGGCAGCGCUUGCAGGACCCUACUGUGCAAUAUCAUAAAGCAGGCAGUUACCAAGCAAGAAGCUGAUGCUGUGAAGGGGGACAGCAUUUAACUAUUCAUAGAGAAAUGCAUUUCUGUGUUUCAUGGGUUGCUUUGGCUCUUCCAAUGUUUAUAUAUUCUAAUCCUAGGAUCUAGAACAAAAGCUUUCAAAAUUUGCUUUCCUAUUUUCUUGUUUCUCCUCUGAUUCACCACUAUCUGUUACUCAGUUCUUACAGUGAAAGUAUCAGGAAUGAUGGAAAAAUUGUUAAAAUGGAUUUUCUCCUAUAAAUAAGUUGAGUUUUGCAAAAUUGACAUUUAUCACCUAGAUUAUACAUCAGUAUCCCAUAUAUUGGCAUAUUGUUCUUGUGGUUAUAAUUCAAAAUAGAGUAAGAAAAAUUUACAAUUUAAAACCAUCCAAAUUUCAGUUUUGUGUCUUCUGUCCUGUCACAGUAGCAAAAGGAUGGUCUUUACAUGUUGUUCUCUUUAGACUUUUCAUUCCAUCACUGUGGAUGAUGGGUAAGAUUUUUUAGAGUCUUAUGUUUCCUGACUUUGUUGGGUAGUUUAACCCCAACUUUAAUGGUCAUUUUUAGCCAUUUGUGGUGGCUGAAGCUUGUAAUCCCAGCAGUCUGGGAGGCUGAGACAGGAGAGUCAGAAGUUUGAACCUAGCAUUGGCAGUGUAGAUACCUUGUCUCAUAAUGAAAUGGUUUUAAAAAAGCAUUGAGGAUAUAGUCCAGUGUAUUCAAUCUCCAAUACCAAAAAAAGGUACAUAGUUAUUGCUGAUUUUUAACAUCACUUACAGGAAUAAAAGUAUAUUGAAACAAUUAUAUGAAGUAUAGAAAACAAUUCUCAACUUUUAUCUAAGAAAAAUAAAUUAUAAAGGGAGCUGCCAACAAGUAUUGUAACAUAUGGAAUGGGUUAAGCAAUGGUUUUUGAAUAAGUCUGUAUAUUUAUGAUUUCAAAUAUAUAUAUUCAGAAGAUACUUUUCCUCAGUCCUUUUGUUGUAUUCAUUUGCUUUCCAAAGAGCUGUAAUUCUUCCAAAACUCAAUACAGUUUUCCCAAACUUGAGGAAAAUAUAAACACGUAAAACCUGUAAUUGACUGUUGAACAGAAAAAAAUCAGUUCUUAAAAAGUUUAUUAAAAUGUUUAACUGAACUUCUUUGAGCCAAAAAAUAGCAGUUACAGUAUUUAACAAUUUCUUGAACAUUUUAAGGAAAUCAAUUUGUAUUUUCUUUAAUUUUUGAAAUUUUUCUCUUGUUCUUUCAUUCUUAUAUUAAAUAUCUUGUGCUGUGUGUAACAACUUUUCCCUAAGAAGUCAUUGCUGCUAAUGAGCUGCUUUCUGUAUAAAGACCUGUGUAAUACUAAUCACUAAUUUCCUCUUAAAAUUUACUGGUUACUAAUAUGAUGUUUUGUUCCAUUGUUAAAACAUUUUGUGUAAUUUUGACCGAGGCCAUUGUUUUUCCCAAAAGACAAGUAUUUGCACUGACUGCAUUUGGUGAUCAUUUUAAAGCCUAUCAGCAGUUUAGAAAGUGAAGUAUGUUAAUUGAUAGUGUUUUGAUUCUCUAAAAAUUUUAUUUUUGUUUCUCGUAUUUCAAAAGAAAUUGUUAGAUAUUCUGUUCCCUGUAGAAGUGGUAUUCCAGGACCUAAGAAAUUGGUUAUUAUCCCUUUUCAUAGAUUCAAACCUGAAAGCAGUGAUUUAGUGGAGUUGCUUUAUUUCAGUAGCUAUACAGUAUAACUUAGAAAAAAUGAUACAGAUAAAGCUAGAUGUUCUAGUAUAGAAUUUUUUUACUCUUACAUGUUACAUAAUGUGUCUUCUCAUUAAUUCAGUGCCUUUUCCUCUAAGCAUGCUCUUGCUCCACGCCCUGUGCAGUAUCAACUGAUAUUGAAGCCAGGCAGCAUUGUAAUAUGGUGGUGAGGGUCAUGCAGAAAAGGAAGUAUUAAUAUGGGGCUAGAGGAGUGCAUAUUAUUUUUCUUGUGCUCAUGUCAUCAUUUUAACAUUUUUAUAUAAAAAUUUUAACAUUCAUUUGUAAAAUGUGUAUUUCUUUGGAAGGCUUUCUUUCUCAGCAACUUCGCAGGAAUAAAUAUAAAUUCAGUAAAUCCAGAGCCCAAGUUUAAGUUUACAUCAUGUGUAAUUUUUCGAAUUAAUACUAUUGGUACUUCAAAAUAAGGAUUGGAUGGUUUCUCUCUCUGCUUCUUUUCCCUUUCUCUGCUAAA